AUGAAUGUCGUACGGCUGUCUCCAGCAAGUCCAACGGCCGACCUCCGAGCUUUGCAAGAGGUCUCGGACUUUGCUUCCACAGACAUGGGAUGGGGCGGCGGAGACCGUUGGACGUACCGAAUACUUUCGGAGGAGCAAAUUACGCAGGAACUGCACCGCGUGUCUCAUCACGGUACAUGCGGAAAUAUUGACUACGUCACUUUUCAACCUUGCACAUCGUACGAGGCACGCUCGCAAGAUCGCUUCGUUGUGCAACACUGGGAUUUGCCUGGUGGGCGAUGGACAUUCUCUGGAGUCUUUGAUGGUCACGGUUCACAUGGCACCGUCGAGUAUGUGGUGGAACGUUUGCCUGCUCGGGUGAGAAGUACUCUGCACACGGCACUGUCGAGCGGGAAAGCGUCUCCGGCAACGAUUCCGAAUCUUCUCAGCGAGGCUGUUAUGGAUGUCGAUCAUGCUAUCACGCGAGACUUCCAACGCUUAUUCCCUAGCAGGCGGGAAGAAUUAGCCCGACUGAGUGACCAGCAAAUAAUCUCGGCAAUGAAGCCUAGAAAUGGCACAUAUUCCCAAAGCGUUCUUCGUUGUAUGCAGGGUUCGACAGCUCUCAUAACUCUGGUCGAUCCCUCCGGAAGUCAUCUUUGGAUUGCUAAUCUAGGAGACUUUCUUGUCUCAAAAAAGCCUGGAGGAGGCUUCUACGCCCGAAAGGUUACCGACGUGCAUAAUGGCGGGAAUGCGCAGGAGCUUCGGCGCAUUAUGAAUGAACAUCCUGGCGAAAGGGAAUGCAUAGUCGAAGACCGCGUGCUAGGCUUCCUGGCUCCCACACGAGCCCUAGGGGAUACAUGGAUGAAGCUACCCGCCAUCUACUCGCGCCGAGUACUCAUGCGAACGAACGAAUUCUGGUCCCAUGGCCUCUCAGAAGAGCAUAUCAAUCGAUUAAAGACGCCGCCGUACCUCUCGAACGUCCCCCAGGUAUCCCAUUACCGUCUACGCAGAAACAGCCAGGGGGACGAGGAUGUGGCGCUCCUGCUCUGCUCCGACGGUCUCGUGGAUUUGUACGAGGAUCAAGACCUAGAAGAGGAACAUUAUCUAAGACAGUGGGCCGCCAUGAUCGGAGAGGGCAUUAACCAACCCCCGUCGCCACCCAAUGCCACGCGUUCAAACAUUGCGGUGCACCUGCUGCGCGACGCUAUUGGAGGUGAUGAUCUUUCUCGAGCAUCGGCCAAUUUGACUGUCGAGAUGGAUGAGCGUUGGAUGGACGAUACAACGAUCCUCGUGCAUAAAUUUGUCUGA